AUGUUUUUUGUUGCUUGUAUAGCCGCCUGCGGUGCACUCUUGACACAGACUGUAGCCGCAACGUCCUGUUGGCGAGGAAUAGCGUGUUCAGGGCCACAACAGGCCUCGUUUUCCGGCCCUUGGGACAAGUACAUCUAUUCUCCCAACUCGCGUACGGUCUCUCCCGUCAGUAUCCUUGAUCAGCAAACGAAUGACCUCAAUGAUUACCGGGGAUCAGCCAGUCUAAGAGGCAAUGGGUCUAUGCUUAUCUUCGACUUUGGCCAGGAGGUGGGCGGUACCGUGACUCUCACGUAUCGUGCUUUCGGGGAGGGAACGCUGGGCCUAGCCUUCAGCGAAGCCAGGAACUUCACCGGGCCGAACUCUGAUUCUUCAAAUGGGAACUUCCACACAGACGGUGCGGUGUAUGCUAGCAUCAACAGAACGCUGGAGGGAAACUAUACGAUGCCAAUUGAUCGUCUUCGCGGAGGUUUCAGGUACCUGACCUUGUUCAUUGCCAGUGUGUCAUCCCAAGGAUCUACAAACAAUGGCUUCCUCGACAUUGACCUUCUGGACAUCACCACGGAAAUCUCCUACCAGCCCACAUGGUCCAAUCUGCAGGCAUACCAGGGGUAUUUCUACUCUAGUGACGACUUGCUGAAUCAAAUUUGGUAUUCCGGGGCUUACACGCUGCAAACCAAUGCUAUUCCGCCCAGCACGGGCCGUGAACUCCUUGGCAGCGGGUGGGAGAAUAACCAGAACCUUAAUUUGGGAACCAAUGGUGCCACUAUUUACGUGGACGGCAGUAAGCGCGACAGGACAGUCUGGGCUGGUGAUUUAGGGAUUGCUGUUCCUAGUAUUCUUGUGAGCACUGGUGAUGCGGAUGGGGUCAGGAAUACAAUCCAAGUGCUGUACAACGGCCAACUAAGCACGGGCGAGCUUCCUUUCGCCGGCCCAAGUCUCAAUAUUUACGGCUCGGAUACCUAUCAUAUGGCAACCAUGAUCGGGACCUAUGACUAUUUUCUCUACAGCGGGGACAAAUCUUUCCUCUCAGCAAAUUGGGCUAAGUAUCAGUCUGCCAUGGCAUUCAUCACUAACAAGAUCGACCAUACUGGUAUGCUUGAUGUGACUGGGACAAACGAUUGGGGACGCAUUGCUCAAGGCGGUCACAAUACCGAAGCAAAUAUGCUGCUGUACAAAGUGCUCACGACUGGGAGCAGCCUGGCCACUUGGAUGAAUGAUGCUAGCUACUCUGACAGCUUGCUAGCAAAGGCAGCAACGCUGAAGGCGGCUGUGAACAGUGCAAGUAACAACUGGGACCCCUCAGUCGGAGCAUAUAAGGAUAGCGACGUAGACGGUAGCAUCCAUCCCCAAGAUGGCAACAGCAUGGCACUCGCCUUUGGCGUCGCCGACCCCUCCUACAUCUCAUCCAUCAGCAAACAGCUAACCACAAACUGGUGCCCCAUCGGAGCCGUCGCCCCCGAACUCCCCAACAACAUCAUCGGCUUCACGCAAUCCUUCGAGAUCAAAGGACACCUCGCGGCGCGCCAACCCACGCGCGCUCUCGACCUGAUCCGCACCUCCUGGGGCUGGUACCUGAACAACCCCUCCGGCACAGCCAGCACCUGUAUCGAAGGCUACCUCUCCGACGGCACCUUCGGCUACCGCUCCACCGAAGGCUACGACAACGACCCGUCCUACACAUCUCACGCGCACGGCUGGUCCACGGGCCCCGUCGACGCCCUCACCUCGCAGAUCGUCGGUCUGCAACUCACCGCGCCCACCGGCACGUCCUGGGUCCUCGCGCCCCAAUUCGCAGACCUGUCACACGCCGAAGCCGGCUUCACCACGCCCCUGGGUCUCUUCCAAGCCUCCUGGUCCCUCGACGCCUCCGGCUACCACGUCUCGUGGAAUGUCCCGGAUGGCACCGCUGGUACUUUGGUCUUGCCUACUAAUAAUACUGGCUCCGGCGCGCCAUCACAGGUCCAGAUCGAUGGCCAGGAUGCGGGGGUGCAGAAUUCGAAGGAGGCGGAGCCGGGGACGCUCACGUUGAGUGCGAGUGGAGGGUCGCAUACGGCCACGGUGGUGUAUUGA